CCGAUGCUCUGCCUCCCGAAAGCCCCCCAAAGCCACCGACUCUCUCCCCCUUGAAACCCCGGUGAGAUCUUGAUGAAAUUUCUCUUCUUUUCUUGUUAAAUCACAAGAUUUGGGGCUUAGAAUCUUCCCUCUCAACCCAGAAAAUCCCGGUUCUGCUCUGCUCUUCUCCCCUGUUCGCCGGCUGCUAUGUGGGUUUGAAUUUCUGGGCAUUUUUCGGUUUCCGUGAGUUUCCCCUGCAGAUGCCGCCGGCUUCUUCUCCCUGCCAGCUCCGGUUUGCUUGCUGGAAUUCUGGUUUUGAGUGUUCUGUCACCCGAGCACUGAGAUCGAGUCUUCGAUUUUAUGCGAAGUGAGGAGGCGAAACUGAGGGCGGGAAAACCAAGGGAAGUGAUGAGGAAUUGUUGAAGAUACUCUUGAAUCAUUAUGGGAUUAUCCAACGAAGAAGUUGACAAAAGCAAAGAAUCAUAUAGCAAUGCCCUAACACAUUCCAUUGCCUAAAAAAGAAGACAACAUUGUCUGUCAAAUAUGUGAUAUUCCUAGACAUUUAGCUGUUAUAUGCCCGCACCGAUAUGUAGUAACUUGUCAACUGUGUAAUAAUGAGGGUCAUAUUGCAAAAACUUGCCCAAAUCGUUACCUUCCAUAUGAAGUCAUGUCAAACUCAUCCAAAACAGCUGCUAAGUCCUUUGAAACUAUUACAAAGAUAUUAGGUAAUGGUCGCUUGCAUCUUAAAUUUACCAAAAAGUCUUGGGAUGAGGCACGUGAGAAACUACGUUCUAUUCAAGAACCAUAGUAUAUUUACCUUAUCUAUAUUAUGCAACAUAUUUCCUAAUUUUUGUUAUCCAUGUAUGAGAUUAGGGCAUAGUAUUUUAAUUAGUAUUCUAUAUUCAAAAAAUCAUGUCGUGUUCCGUCGCGGUAUCAAGCUCCCCGGUCUUCUCUCCUUCCUCGUCUUUCUUCUGUAACAAAACCUCAAUACUUUCUCCGUCAGCGGAGGCUCUUAAU